AUGGGCGUCGUCAGCAAGGUCGCCGCGUGCGUCCCCAUCUAUGACUUCCUCACCGCGCAGACGUACGCGAUGUGGAUGCUUCAUCUUCAAGUCAUCGUCUGCGCGUUCGGCGCGCUCUCCUUCGCGUUCACGGGCGUGCUUCAGAUCACGUUCGGGUUCACGAUCCUCGCGCUCGUGAGCUUGGAGGUUGGGAGCAUGAAACUCGCGAAGAUGUACUGCGUCAGCCUGUGGGGCAUGAUCCUCGUCGACAUCGUCUGGCUCGCGCUCUGGGCGACGCGCAUCAACGUCUCGAAGGACAUGAUCUUCUUCGACGAAGUCGCGGAGGCCUCGACGCAGAUUCAACCGUCGAGGAACGACUACAGCACCUGCCCGAAGUUCCUCCUCGGGAUGAUGUGCAUCCUGUUCAUCAUGCGGCCGUUCCAGAUCCUCAUCUGGUCGAAGAUGUGGGAUCUGAACUUCGGCGACCUCCCGAUCUCGAACAACUACCCGCCCACGGACACGCCGAAGGAUUACCCGGCGCAGGCGCCGGCGCAAGCGGGCGGCGCGGUGGUCGCGGCCCCGGCGGUCGCGGCGGCGGCCCCGGCGCAGCCCGCGGCGGCGGCGUACGAAUCCCCGUACAAGUCCCCGUACGCGGGCGGGGAGGCGACGUCGCAGCCAGCGUCGCCGUAUGCGGCCAGGGCGGCGGAUCAGGUGUGA